AUGGGGUUCCUACACAAGUUGUGGGAUGAAACGGUGGCCGGACCGAUGCCGGUAAGUGGUCUCGGAAAAUUGAGAAAGCAAGAUUCUCUAUCCACCGUCCGAUCUCAUCCUCCACUCUCUAGCGACCAAGUCACCCGAAGCAUAACCAUUACCAAGGGGAAUAACAAUGUCCGUGGUCUCCGGACACUGAAGAUGAAUCCGGCUCGUGCUCCGGAUUCUCCGACCGGGUCAUGUAGCAACCCGGGAACGCCUUUAACCCCCGGGACCCCAUGUGAUAACUUUGGACCAUUCACCGCCGGAAACUGCCCUUCCUCCGGUGAAGCUGACGCCACAAGUCUCACGACUUAUGAAUGGAUUGUGCUAAACGCAUUGGACCGUUGA